AGUUUUAAUGUGAUUUACAACUAGAGUUUAUAAUACACCGUAACAGCAAAUUGAACUUAAAAUAAGGGUUAUGUUUCAAUGUCGUGAAGCAAAUAAUUGCCUUUUACGAGAAAACGAAAUCAAAUUACAGAAAUUUCAAUCGUAUGAGGCGCACAUAAAAUAGAAAUUCGUAUUUAAUGCACAUAAACUUGAUUAUUAUACUACGUUAAAAGAUAGUUGCUUGAAUGCUUGUUUUUUGAACUUGACGUGUCUGUUUUACUGUUGGCCGUUUAAUGUGAUCUACAGCGAGCCAGUGAAUGUAGAUUGUAAAUAUUCGAUUGCUUAAAGUUAGUCUUGUCUAUACCGAGAGAGGGCGUACUUGUGUCUCGUGAUAAAAAUCGAACUUUAGUGUUUUAAUUUAAAAAAAACCUUUAGUUAAUUUAUGUAGCGUCAAUAUAGUAUAUUAUUACAGUGAUGUUUUCGAUUUUAAUAUAAUAUCGUAAGUUUGGUAUGUAGUGUUGUAAAUAUUUCUUAACACGUAAACAGGUUUCUGAGUGGAAUUUUAGGAUUUUUUGAGUUUGUUUACUUCUGGAAUUUAAAGGAUUGUACAAAAAAAAAACGAUUUUAAUAGAAAAAGGAAUACGAAGAGAAAGAAAAAAACGGCGGCUUUUAAUCAAACAAAAUGGCGGACUGAAAUAACUGUCAGUUGAAGAAUUAAAGAUGGCGUGCAAAUUGGUGUUACUGUUGUGUUUUAGCGGCGUAGCGGUUGUGUUAGGACACGUCGCGCUCACGUACCCGCCGGCAAGGAAAUACGAUCUAGAUUUCUUGGAUAAUUCCCGAACGAAGCCGCCAUGUGGAAUGCCGAGAGGAAGUAUAAAAACUUCAUUUUUGGCGGGAUCAACUUUUACAGUUCAUUGGCAUUUGGCGUAUGCUCAUCGAGGUGGUUUUAGCUUGAGGAUACUGGACGAGCUGGAGAGGCCUCUGUUGGAUUUGACGCCUCGCGCUGGCGGCGUCGAGUUUGUUAGAGAUGAUUCUACGGCUCAGAAAUAUGAAGUGAGACUGCCUAGCGACUUCACGUGCGUGAACUGCACGCUUCAGCUACAGCGGGAGGCCGGCGAGUGGGGAGCCAACUACAGGUUCUGGUCGUGUGCGGACAUCGACAUCGUCCAGCGCAAGCAGUUCCAGGAGACGUGCUCGGGACACGGGUUCCACAUCCUGGGCCGCUGCAAGUGCCACAAGGCGUACAGCGGCGCGCGCUGUCAGUUCGCCGAUGAGUGCGCGGAGGACGCCGACUGCGGCCUGCGCGGGGCCUGUCUGCGGCUCGACUCGACCGCGGCCCCCCACAGGAUGUGCUACUGCCCCUACGGCUUCUACGGGAAGGGGUGCAACAAGAAAGCGCCGUGGAAAGACAAGAACGUCAACCUGGAGCUGUACAGUAAGAAGGAACUGUCGAAAGAAUUCAAUCUCUACUGGAGGAUACUGAAGCACGAAGCAGAGAUAGAGUUCGUCAUGGUGGUUAACGGGACUUCUUACGCGGGUUUGGGUUGGCGGCCGAGCGGCUUGACGAAGCAGUGCAAGAAUUUCCCAGUCCUAGGACCACCCAGUGACGUGAAACCCAGCACGCCGAAUCCAGAACCACUUCCCGAGCCGGAACCGAAAGCCGAAUCGGUGCCCGAACCGGAGCCCGAACCGGAGCCGAAGCCGGAACCGGAGCCAACGAAGCCAGGACCGGAGUUUGAGCCGACAACGCAAGCGGCGGAGUUCGACCGGAACAAGCGCGUGGCCAUGCACACCGCCGACGGACUCGACUUCAAAACGUUAGGCAGUGACGUCACCGUCAAAACCAGCGUCUCGUACCAAGUGUCCAGUUCUAAAGGUCGCAAAAGACGAGCCAUCACCGAACCAACGAAUGUUGAAGUAUCGUCUGUUAAGACAAGUACCGAACAAAAUUUUAAACCAAAGUCAUUGCCAAAGUAUAAGCUUAAAAAUCAGCCCAUUCCGCAGUCAUCCCGGUCACGGUCAUAUCCUGUACCCGAAUCCACUCCUGAGCCUACCGCUGAGCCAACGGCGGAACCUGAGCCUACCUCAGAAUCUGAAACAACUUUUGAACCCAAUUCCGAGCCAGAGCCCACUCCUGAGCCAAAAUCCGAACCAGAGCCCACUCCUGAGCCAAAAUCCGAGCCAGAGCCCACUCCUGAGCCAAAAUCCGAGCCAGAGCCCACUCCUGAGCCAAAAUCCGAACCAGAGCCCACUCCUGACCCAAAAUCCGAGCCAGAGCCCACUCCUGAGCCAAAAUCCGAGCCAGAGCCCACUCCUGAGCCAAAAUCCGAGCCAGAGCCCACUCCUGAGCCAAAAUCCGAGCCAGAGCCCACUCCUGAGCCAAAAUCCGAGCCAGAGUCAACUUCUGAACCCAAAUCUGAGCCAGAACCCUCUUCUGAACUCAAAUCCGGGUCAGAACCAACUACUGAACCCAAAUUUCAACCAGAGCCCACAUCUGAACCAGAACCUGAACCCACGUCUUCGCCAAAACUUAAUCCCGAACCAAAAUCCGAGCCAGAGCCUAUACACGGCCUGAAAUCUGUACUCGAACAGACCAGAGAACCAAAAUCCGAACCCGAACCGAUUCCAGAACCUAAAUCUGAACCCGAACCUACUCCUGAACCUAAAUCCGAGCCAGAACCUACUCCUGAGCCAAAAUCCGAGCCAGAGCCCACUCCUGAGCCAAAAUCCGAGCCAGAACCUACUGCCGAACCUAAACCUGAACCUGAGCCAUCUUCCGAACCCAACGCUGAUCCGGCCUCAGAGACUUUGCUAGUAAAGGGACUUAAAGAAGAAGCAGGUUAUUUCCCAGAACACGAGUUUGUACCUAAAUUCGAUUUCAAUCCUAUGGACUGCACUGACAUAGUUAUCGGUACAGCCAGAGGGAAUUAUCACAGGAUAAUGGACUAUUACACGAGAGAUAGGUCAACGCCUCGAGUAGACACAUUGUGGGGAGGUCACGACGACAUCACGGCAGCUUCAGGGUACGAAGAGAAUGGAGUCACCACAAUCCUAUUCAGAAAGAAGAUAAAGGCGAAGGAACCAACGGACCAUUCUAUAGUGGACGACAUUAUGCACGUCAUCUGGGCCCGGGGUCAAGAGCCGGGUAAAUACGUGCACUCGCCCGGCUCGGGGAUCGAACAGGGGACGGCGGUCACUCAGGACUUCUACCGACCCGAUGAGCUCAAGUACCACGGUCACGGAGACCAGCGUAGCUUCCUGGGGAUGAAUUUCUUUGAGGAGACAAAGAGCUCAGUGUCGGGAGGGAUCUUGCCUCUCGGCGACAAGUGCGGCGGCCAGUGGCGGCUGCCGCUUGACUGCGACCCCGACAACGGCACGUGCACGUACUUCGCGUCGUGGGAGUACCUCGGCCUGAAGAGAGGGAAGGACUCCGUCAGGUUCACCAUCAAAACGAAGAACACCAAGCAAUGGACCGGCAUCGGAUUCAGCCAUAACAAAAAGAUGUCGCAGUCGGAUGUGAUAGUGGGUGGGCUGGACCCGCGGUCCAGCGUGCCGUGGGUGCAGGACGCCUGGGCGCGCGGGUACGGCGCACCCCGGCCCGACUCCCGCGGUGACGUCACGUCGCUCACCGGCUCGGUGGCGGACGGAGUCGCCACCCUCAGCUUCGUCAGGAAGCGCGACACCAAGGACCAGGAGGACCUGGCGUUCACGGACACCCAAUGCCUGUAUCUGAUGUUUGUGGUGCAAGGUGGUAACUUUGAUCCUGUCAGCAAGAAGAUCAGCAAGCAUCUCCAAACCCCCAUAGUCACAGAAGAAAAAGUCUGCAUUAGACCUUGUGGACCUGAACCAGUAGAAGAAGAGUCGACAACGGAGGCGGUGCUCCCCGGACAGAAGACGUACACGCUGCUGGUCCGGCUCACGGGCCUGGCGGAGAGCUUCCGCAGCCCGGCGCCCGGCAGCCAGGAGUACGUGGACCUCAGCAAACAGCUGGUGGACGGGCUCGGCUCGCAGCUCAAAAAUAAUAAAGGCUAUCAGGGAUUAACAUUAAAUGGUCUCAUACAAAACGAAACACAAUCGAUAAUAGCCGAGCUCACGCUGAAGUCGAUAGACUCGAACUUGAUACCCGGCUCUAGCGGGCGGGCGCUCGGCCCGGACGUCUCGCUCUCGCACAACGCGACGGAGGGGGACGGCGAGAUGUCGCGGUGGGAGCGCGCGGUGCGGGACACGCUCGCGCGGGGGCAGGUCGGCAACCUCAACUUCGAUCCCGAGUUUCUGGUGUUCGAACCUCAGAGCCUGGUGUCGGAGCGCCCCGAAGAGCCCGUGGUGGCCGUGGUGGGGUGGGUGUGGUCGCGGUGGGUGGUGGUGGGCUGCGCGGUCGGGCUGCUGGUGGCCGCGCUGCUGCCGGUGCUGGCCGCGCUCUGCCGCCCGAGACCGGCGCCGGAUCGCUUGAUCCCGAGCUCGGCGUGGAAGGACUACUCGACGAACACGAAUUACGCCUUCGAACCGUUUGAAAACGACGAGAAGUACAAAACGUCUACCAUCAGCCGAACCCGGACCCUCAGGCCCACCGAGCCGCCGCCGCCGCGACCCGCCUCCACCAACGGGACCAAGGCGCCCAGCAACGACACCAACGCGAGGGCGGUCGGCAGUGGGACCAUGACCAGGUCCACUAGUGGAAACGAGCAGCGACUGGCCACCAUCGGACACCCCAGGCUGGUCAACGGCAACACUACCGCUCCGAGAAGCAGCGGCAACCCCGCGGGGAGGGGCAGGAGCAGCGCGGAGCAGUACUACCACGACACCAGAUCCCUGCAGCGGCCCAGACAAUACACAUAUUCAAAUCGGCCCGAGCACUCAUCGUAUUCCCUGCCUCGCGGCACGGCGCCGGCAGCCAGGGACUCGCUGUCCGCGCAUCCAGACUUCUACUUCAUGCCGUCCCAGAGGAAAUACGAAGGUGAACAUGUCAAAGUCUAUGUCAAUAAUAGGCAACGCGUAGAUUAAUGGCGGGCGUGUGUAGUGUAGCGUUGAUUGUGUGACCACGGAACUGUCGUAGAUGUGUGAAAGAGGCUAUUUGGUUUAAACGACAUUUCACUUUUUUUGUCCUAUCUAUGCCGAUAGCCUUGAGAGGCUAUUUCAGCUUCAUCCUAACGUGUAGGUGAGCUCACGGGACUCAAACCGGAGUGUUGCUAACACUGGCCCUAACAAGAGCCGUGCUUCGCAGAAUCUAUCACCGGAUCGGAAACGCGACCCACUGAGAAGAUCCGGCGAGAAACUCAGUGGGCAUUUCGUGUAACACGCGACAUUUACUUUGUAAUUAAAGGUCCGUUUUAUUUGGUAUCAGCAUCAACAGUUCGAUGCUUUUAAUGGAACUUCAAUUAAGUUGAGACUCCAUUGAAAUAGCUAAAGAAGUUUUUUUUUCCAAGUUUUUUUUUCCAAAUUUCAUACUUUAAAAGGCUCUCCUGUAAAGUUCUAGAAACGUCACUUAAACCAGAUAGCCUUCGAGCUCAUGAUUUAUUACGUAUUUAACUGAAUAUUUUAUUUAAUUUAAAUGUAAUUUAUUGCUUUAGCUUUAUAUGGAAUUUGCUUGUUGGUCCUGGUAGGAUAACUCUAGGAAGUAUUAGAUACGGUUGUGGAUCCCUAUGACUUGCGAACACCGAGGAAGCAUCUGCUGUCAUAACAAAAAGGUCAAAAUCAAAGGUCAAAGGUCAAAGGUUAAAGGUCAAGGUCAAAGGUUUUCUCGCUGGUUAAUGAUGUUAGAGCAAUUAUUUUUAUAUCUACCUACCCACAGUAAUCUCUUUUUUUAUUAAUGAACCAUUAAAAAAAUAAUGGGAACGUGGUCAUGUCAUAAAAAGCCAUCUAAAAAACGCUUAGAUGAAUAAAACAAAAUAUAAGCGAAACAAAAGCAUUGGCAAAAUCAUUUGUAACGUACUUAACAAACAAAAAAAACAAUCCAGCUUAAGAGCAAGAAACAUGAGAAACCAGAAUGUCAAUGUAAAAGACGCCAUAGACAUUUGAAAAAGUAGAUUUUUUGCGCUUUACUUAAGAACACAUUCUUCAAAUUUCCCGCUUUUUACCUAUGCUCACGGGCAUAAACUUACUGGAAUUCAUUGCGUUGUAAAUCGCAGCCCUGAUUAAAAACUCUUAAUCUGCCAUUUACUUAUAUCAUAAAAGUGAGAUGAAACUUUGAAAUGUGUUUGAACAUAAAGUUUGCUUAUACGUAAGUUUGGCUAUUAGUAUUAGAGUAGCUACAAUAGAUUGGUGUUUCUGUACUAAAAUGAUAAACGACAAAUUAUGUAUUUAAUUACAACAAUAAAUAAAAAAUUGCACCUAUAAGACUAAUAAACAUUUUGAUGAUUAAUUUUAUUUGGUAUAGCAUUAGGAAUAGUUUAUAAUAAUUAAUAUAGUAAAUAACAGAAUUAUGUUUUUUAAAACGACGUUUAUAAUUUAUUUAUUCAUGUUAACUUUAAUAUUUUAUUGCUAUACACUACGUUAUCAUUAUUGCUUCUUCAAACGGACUUUAAGUUUAAAUAAAUAGCCAUAGUUUUAUUAGCUGUGUCAUUGCGACAUUAACACUUUUUUUUUAUAUAUUAACCCGCAUAUUAUUAAAAUUAUUUAUAAACGAACUCCUUAUCAUAAAUGAUGCUUGGCUUGUAUACUUUAUUAUGAAUUAGCGGAAAUGGGUCACGGUCCGUAGUGAUAAUCGCCAAAUGCAUGUAUGUUUGAUUAAAAACCAUAAUUUAUUAUUUAGAAAUACGAUAUUGAAAAAAAAUCGCGCCAAAACGCUUCAUCAUGUGACGUCACUACAGUUUGACUACAAAUAUUAGGUAGAAAUUUUGUAUUUAGAAUUUUGGCGCGCAAAUACAAUAAACCUAACCUAUAAUUUUGUGCUA